AUGGUAAUUAUGUUGCCUUCAACUUCCACUGGAAAAGAUGUGUACAUUAUAAUUAAUGUUAUCCUCACGGUUUAUGUCACUUUACUGAAGUCAUCACAAAGGACAUUCACUCUGGUCACUGAUGGAAGCUUCUGGAGAUAUGACUUUAAAAGACCUUUCAGCUUCUCGACGGACCUCUUGAUGGACGAAACUACAACAGAUCUUCGUCAGGUGGAAGUUAUGGUGCAGGUGAAUGUACACAAUAUUUUUGAAGGAUCGACUAUGACUGGACAUGCCAGGACACGUUUUGUAAGUGAUGACGUAAGGGUGGAAUUUGUUGGUCCUGACCCGCUCGUGUUUAAGCCCGGGAUGCUUAUGUCGGGUGUGGUAACGGUCAAGUACGAGGACUCAGCUCCAUUAGAGGGAGAGAGGCUGCAGGGAUCUCAUCUUGUUGUAAGAGCAUCAGCCACCCUUGCGAAUGGAGCCAGGAAAGAUCUGCCGGAGAUCGUAGUCAGCCCAAAGGACAGCACUGCCUCAAGCCCCGCCCACCUCCUCCGAAGAUACGCCGAUGACAGCGCAUCCGAACGCGUGCGCUUGCCACAGCUGGACGACUUCCUGCGCGUAGCCUCCAGCGCAGAGUUUCGGAAAAGUGGAAUGCUACGCUUCACCUUCAGCGUCCCCAAAGAAGCGACCAACCUGCGCCUAUCAGCUGUUUACAAGGACGACAAAGGUACCGCUUCGACGACAGCCCAAGCGGUACGACCUCACUCUCGCUCGGGCCGGUACAUUCACGUCACUUCGAGUACGACCGCGGCUCACGUCGGGGAGUUUGCGAUCUGUCAUGUCAGGGCGAAUUUCAGGAUGGAGAAGUUCCAGUAUUUGGUCAUGUCAAAAGGCGUCCUGAUCUACUCGGCGACGGAGGAGGUCACUGCCGCCGGAAGUGACGUCGUCUGGACUCUGAGCCUCACCGUGUCGAGGGAGACGUGGCCCAGACUCACUGUGGUGGUGAUUCACGUGGCUCAGGAUGGCGAGCUGCUGACGGAUUCGGUCCACAUCGCCGUCGGUUUCCAAGCCGUGGAGGUGGCGCAGAUUGGGGAAAGCCUAUAUCCAACAAUGGAUAUAAGAAAGCUGAAAGAAAACAAAGUGUGGCUAGGAUUGGGCCACACUGACCCUCAACCAGCACAAAGACCACUCCAAGAGGACAGUCGAGGCCGCCAUGACAGCUCCGCCCGCGCCAUUUUGUUCGCGUCUGUCUUCGGCGGGAAAGCGCGUUUUUGCGGCAGAACAAACAGAGUCACUUUGUCCCGGUUUCUGCGGACCGCCCUCGCGAUGGAGCCGCACCCGAGGUCAAUACACCACGCCCACUUCCGGUCCCGCGACGGCUUGUGGGCGGAGCGUCUAGAGACCCUCUCGGCGGAGAACACAGCGACGUCCAAGUUAUCUUCUCUUCACUUUUCCGGACUCUCUCUGGCCAUGGACGCUGCACUGGACUCUCCCUCGGGCACAGGCCAUUGCGACAGUCAGCUGGGUUAUCUGGAGUGCGGCGACGGAGUUGUUACCGCUGGAAGUGGUGACGGGAGAGGUGCCAGGACGGGGCAGAUGAAGCCAACUCGAGUGGUUCUUCGAGGCCUUCGUCGUCCACCCCCACCUGGGCUUUUCCUUCCUGCCUCCGAGACCCUACGACAGCACCCCGCCUCUGUUUAUGAAGUUGGAGGCGACGACCGUUUGCAGGCGGGGGAGCAGAUCUCCGUCAAGGUCCACCUCCACAACGCUCUGCCGAGGAGGAUGUCCGUCCUGGUCGUCCUCGAGGGAAGUGACCACCACCGCUUCAUCCACGUGGAGGAGGGAGGUCGUGUCAGUCACUUCAGGCCGAGGUUGUCGAAGGGGGACCACCAGCACCUCGUUCGGGUGGAAGGAGGUGGCUGGACGCAAGUGAUGUUCCCGCUGGCAGUGCUAAAACAGGCGGGAAAAGUGACGGUGACGGUGAAAGCACUGUCGUUGGUGGGCAGUGACACUCGCUCUGUCACUGUCAAUGUUCAGCCAGAGGGAGCCACCGUCCGGAAACACACCUCCGUGCUACUAGACCUGAAAAGCAGAGCGACCGUGUACGAAUUCCUGGACCUUCCCGUCGACGAGAGUCCUCUGAUUUCCAAGAGCAUUUUCAGACGCUAUGUCUACGGGUCACCAAAGGCAAGGAUGACACUUUCAGGAGACGUCUUUGGCCCCACGUCCAAGGACAUGACCCUCAGCUUCAAGACAGCCUUCCAGGGCCGGAUCCUGAAGAACACCGACGGCCUCGCCUUCAACUUCGGCUCGACGGUCUGGACGCUCCGCUACCUCCGCCUCACGAACCAGCUGGACAUGACGAAGGCGAAGAAAGCGUUCGAGUUCCUGAAUUCACAGCUGGCGGGGUUGUUCGCGAGGUACAGCGACGGCGCCUUCGGGAUGUGGACGGCUUCGGAGCCCUCGGUGUGGAUGACCACAUGGGUUCUGAGCGUAUUACUUCCGGCGCAACUAGAAGACUGGGAGAACUUAGUGUAUAUAGAACCGAGGCUGAUCAACACUGCAGUUGCAUUCAUCCUCGAACACCAGUUAGAAGACGGGAGUUUUAGAGAACCUUUUGUCAAUGUGACGCUGGAUCAUAAAAUGUCUUCUAAGGAAAAAACGUGGACGGACGAUGCGAAAUCCUCCUUGCCUUUGACCGCCUUAGUAACGACUGUGUUAUACGAGGCUUCACCGUCUCUGGACUCGGUUAUACGCGCCAGGGCCGUCACUGCAAGGGGGAAGGCCAUCAGAUACCUGGAGCAGAGUUUGCAAAGCCUGUGGGAGCCGUAUGAGUUGGCCAUCACCGCCUACGCCCUCGCACUCGUCAAUAGCCCGAGUAAGGAAGUUGCUGCGAAGAUGCUGGAGAGGCAAGCCAGAGUUGCAGAAUAUAACCCUGAACUAACACCAACGGUAGAGGACCAGUAUGAAAGAGUAGGAGGAAUAGGUAAUGCCAACCAUGGUUUAGAAUUACAAAGACAAGACAAUGUUAAACUGUACGUAACCAAAAUAUGUACCAAUAACCAACACAAGCAUACCACAGCCCACCCACCUGUCCCCCUCACGCCCACAGACGGGAAGAUCCACUGGUCGAAGAAGGCCAUCGAGAGCAACGUAAGGCGCGCAGAGGACAGUCAGCACUCCUUCCUCCUGCCGAAGGAACCGCAGGAAUGGGACUCCUACGCCGUGGAGGCCACUAGCUACGCCCUCAUGGUGUUCCUCAUGCGAGAGGGCGUCACGGAGCGCCAGGAGGCCAUCGUCGAGUGGCUCACCUCCGUCAGGGACUGGAAUCGAGCCUUCAGCUCUUCUGUGGACACGGUGGUGGCUCUGCGGUCGCUGGCAGAGUACAGCUACAGAGCGCGGCUGAGGGACGUCACCGCUCUUCGCGUCAAAAUGACCGCCACGUCCUUCCCCGACCUCAAGACGAACAUUUCCAUCGGGAAGGACGCCUUGUCGCUCAUGAGGAGUGUUCCGAUCGCGCGCCCAUGGGGUCACGUCAACCUAGUGGCCGAAGGGGCAGGUCAGGCGGUGGCCCAACUGGAGGUCAGCUGGGGCGUUGACCUGGAACGGUACCUGAAACGACCCGCAAGGAAGUACUUCGAGCUGAGGGUCACAGAGGCGUAUCCCAACUUCAGGAACAAGACUUUGAUCACAACGACGGCGUGUGCGAGAUGGGUGGCAGAGGACGUGUCAAGCACCAGUCACGCAGCCAUGCUUGAGAUAGACAUGGCAAGCGGUUAUGUCAUCCCUCAGCCCAAUGCCAACGAAGCUGCCAAGAGGAAUCGAAAGAAGUUUCCACAGCUUGUCAAUUCACACUCCACGCCAGAGAGGACUUUUUGGCAGUUUCAGUUUGUACCGAGCAAACAGCGCCAGUGUUUCUCCUUCACAACUAGACGUCGGUUUCCUGUGGCGAAUCUGACGGCAAUUCGCUCGGCAACGAUAUUUGAACUUUUUGCGCCAGAGCACUUCGAGACGGUAGUGAUCAACGCGACCUCCCUGGCUGCCCUCGACGUGUGCGAGGUGUGCGGCUCGUACCAAUGCCCCUACUGCCCCCACUACAGCGGAAGGGCCUGUCUCGUGCCCAGCAUGCCCCUGGUGGCUCUCCUGGCCUUCUGGGUAGCGUUCGUCCUCCAAGAAGUGCCAUUAGAUGAGUGGUUGAAGGUUGUUUGUCGUUAGGUCUUGUUUGGUAAUACGCCUGUGUUUGGGAGUAGAUCUGUUUUUGUUAUUGGAGCUGUGUUUGUUGUUAGACCUGUGUUUGUUACUGCACCUUGCUCGUUACGACACCCGUUUGUUCAUAGACCAGAGUUUGUGUUUGUGAUCGCCUAUAUUCGUCGUGAUUCGUGAAAAAUAAUAAUGUCAUAACUUUAC